AUGUGGCUCACCCAGAUAUCGCUGGAUAUCUUUCUGAUCCUGUUGCUGUUGAUGUGCCAAGAGAACAAAGUUCACCGAUGGAAGGCGGACGCCCAGAUCAGCGCUUUCCGGCCGACCGUCUUCGAUAACACCGAGUGGCGGCGGUUUUUCCAUCUGUACCGAAACAUCACCAUGAUGAUGGCCGGUCGGACCGGGCUGAAAACUCGGGGGCACUUCCUGCAGAAACCGGUUCCCAGGAAUGUGCCGUUCCCUUGCGAUGUCUCGAUCGGCCGGAGCCGAGAACCGCCGACCAGUGUCCAUAAGCUACGGCCAGGUGACAUCAAUGUGGUUGCAGCAAUCGGUGACUCAGUCAUAACAGCCAGUGGAGCUUCUGCAACGAACUUUUUGGAGCUUUACACAGAAAACCGAGGACUUUCCUGGUGUAUCGGUGGUCAAUGGAACUGGCGAAAUGCCACCACGCUUCCUAAUAUUUUAAAAGUCUUUAAUCCUAAGUUGGUAGGUUACUCGUACGGCGAUUCCUAUAGCUUCCACUGGGACUCGCAGUUCAACAAUGCAGAAAUCGGUGCCAUUUCGAAAGAACUCCCCCACAUGGCGCGCCAGAUGGUGACGCGAAUCAAGUACGAUCGGAGGGUUAACUUCAAGAAGGAUUGGAAGGUUCUCACGAUCACCAUCGGUGGCAACGACAUCUGUGCGUACGUGUGCACGAUGCGCAAUCCGGAUACUCUGGCCAUCAAACAUCGCAGAAAUCUGCUAACGACGCUACGCUAUCUGCGGGACAAUCUGCCGCGAACGUUCGUGAACAUCGUCUCGGUACCGGACGUCAACACGGUGGUGUCGCUUCCGGGAAAACCCACCAUCUGUUGGAUUCUGCACCACGCCGAGUGUCCCUGCUGGGUCGGACCGAUUCACAAUUCAUCGGAAGCGUCCCGAGCUAGGUGGGCUAAAAUACAACAAGAGUACAAAAAGGUCGAGGAAGAGGUGCCAAUGAUGGACGAGUUUCGCGGACUCGAUGAAUUCGCUGUCGUUCAUCAGCCAUGGACAAAACAACUCUCGCUGAAAAAUGAAAAAGGAGUGGACUACACGCUGCUUUCCUAUGACUGUUUCCAUAUGAGUCAGAAAGGACAUGCACGCGCUGCGGCCGCCCUGUGGAGCAACAUGCUGGAACCAGCCGGUAAGAAAAGACUUACCUGGAAUGCGCCAUACGAGGACUUCCGCUGUCCAACGCGGAACAAUCCCUACAUCUACACCUACGACAACAGCUGA